AUGGUUGAUAUUGACCUUGUAGAAGAAACUCUUUGUAAUUUAGAGCAUUCCCUACAACUUAAAACAAGUUCACUUCCAAAUCUUGAAGACAUAGAAUACUUAUGUGAAGAAUUUCAGACAUUAUUAUCAAAGGAAGAAAACAUUGUAGAAAACUUGGCUGGAAAUUUCAUCGUGGUUGGUGAUCUCCAUGGAAACUUUAACGAUCUCAUUUAUAUAAUGAGAAAAUACGGUCAUCCAAGUCAAAGCCUUAAGUAUCUAUUUUUGGGAGAUUACGUUGACCGUGGAUGCAACUCACUGGAAACAAUUCUUUACUUGAUUUCCCUUAAAUUACUAUAUCCAAAGUUUGUUACAUUAAUCAGAGGAAAUCAUGAAUUUAUAGAAAUUUGCAAAAACUAUGGAUUUUAUGAAGAGUGCAACCAGAGACUCGGCGAAAUCGAAGGAGAUCUAGUGUUUGAGAUGAUUACUGGCACAUUUCCGUACCUCCCACUUGCUGCCAUUCUCCCAAACAGAAUCUUUGCUGUCCAUGGUGGCAUUUCAUCCCAUAUUUAUGCAUUAGAUGAUAUCCGUAACAUCGAUCGUUUUCAAAUCGAAAAGAGCUCUGAUAAUAUAAUUGCGACAGACCUUGUUUGGGGAGAUCCAAGAAAUCUUGAGUCUGGCCAAUUAACAAGCCCAUCAGAGCGCGGUUUAGGCGAAAAUUAUUCUCUGAUUAAGACAAUUCAAUUCUUGAAAGAUAAUCAAUUGAAUUCAAUAAUCAGAGCUCACGAACCAUGUGCAGAUGGAUAUCAUGCAUCUCUUGUUGACCAGGAUGGACGUACUGUUUGCCUCACAGUUUUCUCCGCUUCCAAUUAUUGCGAAUUAAAUAACAUGGCAGCUGUUGCAAUCAUUAAGAACGGCAAUAUCCAGAUUGAGAAAUUUGUUUCUUCUUCAGAUGAAGAAAGUGAAUCAUUGCCAAUCAGCCUUCCAAUGGAUCUAUUUUCCAGAUCAAUUUUAGUAAGUUAA